CAAAACUCUCUUGAUCUAAAUUGCUAUGUUUGUUUCUAGUGAUCUUUCAUUUUCUUAGUAUUCAAUCACACAUGUUCAGAAAAAAUAUAUAUAUAAUAAUGAAAAAAAUCAAUGAAUGGUGAACUCUAAUUCGUCACAGCAAUAUACUGAACUGUAACGCACAAGGGGUCACAGAGAUUAGUCUAUCCAAACAGAGAUUUGUAUGUAUGUCCCACCAUGAAAUUAAACUAUUGAGACAUUUUGAAACUACUUGGAAGCUCGCUUACUCUCAUAUACUACAUUACCAAGGUUACCACGUUGUGUUCAUACUUGCAAUGACUUUUGUUAGCAUGUCAGCAUCUAUAUAUACGUGCCUGGAUAUAACUCAACUCCCUCAAUCUUGCACAAGUUUUCACUACUUUGCAUAUAUAUAUAUAUGAUAUGAAAGAGUCUAGCAACAGUCAUGGUAGCAGCAGCAGCAGCAGUGGUGGUGGUGCCAGUUCGAUAUACAGGGGAGUUCGUAAACGGAAAUGGGGGAAAUGGGUGUCGGAAAUACGCGAGCCUGGCAAGAAAACUCGAAUUUGGCUAGGAAGUUUUGAGACACCCGAAAUGGCUGCUACAGCAUAUGAUGCAGCCGCAUUGCACCUCAGGGGACAUGGUGCACGACUAAAUUUUCCUGAGUUGGCUGAUAGACUCCCGCAUCCAGCAAGCUCAAGUCCUGAUGACAUACGCUUAGCCGCUCAGCAGGCAGCUGCUUUGGGCCUUAGAAAGCCCGCCGGAGAGCCUCCUGAUGUGAGCGGCGCUAGCUCUUCGAAUCCUGCUCCAAUCACCACCAGACUCUCCCCAAGCCAAAUUCAGGCCAUCAAUGACUCCACAUUGGACUCGCCAAUGUGGACGGAGUUGGCUGGAGCGCUCAUGUCAGAAGAGCAUGCAGUCUAUUACAAUGAUGUUGAGAUGGAUGAGUGGGAUGAAAUACCUGAUGAUUCCCUUUGGGACCCUUGAUUCUAAUUCCUAAAAUAACAUUCGUGCGUAGGUGAAUAGGUUAUAGACACCUAGACAAAAAAGAAAAAUACAUUGUGAACUGAAUUUCAAUCUAAAAGUGAUUGACUUGGCCACUCUUGAUUGGGAGCUGCUUGAGUGAGCCCAUCAACUAGCAAUUAUUAGUUGCCAUCACAGCCACUUUUAGAGGGACCUUGGUGUGACUAGCUAGCAUUGCUCAAAAAAUAACCAAAAUAAAUCAAAAGAAAUUACUAUUAGGGGUUUGUUAAAAGUUUGCUAUAAUUAACUAAUAUGGGCUUUCAAACUACAUUAAUUAUUAAUUGCUUUGAGUGCGUGCGAGUGAGGGUAUGCAUGAUUGUGUGUGGUUUUUUUUUCUUUUUUUUACAUGCUUCGAAUGGAUUUAACUUGUGUAUUAGAAGGUUCCUAAUUAACAAGGAAUGACUUGGAUCUUUGACAGCUCAUUGGAAUGUUUGUAAUUUAUUUUCCAUAUUGUUGUAUGUAGAGAGGAUCAUUAUAUCUUAAUAAAGUCAUUUUACAUACUUCUCUAUUUUUCUGAUUUAUUUUUAAUUAUUUUUUGACUUUAUUUACUUAUUUGUCUACUAGAAGUGAAUCUUAAGUGCAUCUGCUUCAAUUCAAAUAUUGUCUUUUUUUAAUUUUAUGAUUGUUGAUGUAGUUUUUUUAUGCUCACGGACGACCAACCCCCUGUCAAAGAAAGAAUUACCGAAAAGGGGGCAUCGGUGCGAUGCCGGCAAAACCCCUUCAAUUUACCUUUCAUAUUGUUGUCUAUGUAAAGGACAUGGUUAUAUCUUAUUAGAGUCAUUUUAAAUACUUCCCUACUUCUCACUUAUAUCUUCCUCUUUUUUUAGACUUCUAUUUCACUUAUUUGUCUACCAGAAGUGAAUCCUAAAUGCAUAUACUUUUAUUUCAAAUAUUAUUUUAUUCACUUUAUGAUUGUUGAUUUAGUUUUUUUUUAUGCUCACUGAUGACGUCAAAUAAACAACUUUCGAAAGCGGGCCAUCGGUGUGAUGCCGACCAAAACUCCUCUGAUGCUUAUGUCAGGAUAAUCUCUGUAGUGAAAUAACUUUAACAGUUACAAGAGUUAGGCAAUGUCGUAUACCUUCUCAAGGUGGAGCAACAAAUUGCCAGUGCAAACUUUACAAAUUCCUAGAACAAUAACUCAUACAGAUCAAACUUUACAAAUAACUAGAGCAAUAAACCUCUUUAAGGCUCAACCAUUCUAUAAAUAAAUAGAAGUUAGGUAGAUUUGUAGACUUAGCUGAUUUGAGGUGGAAAUUUGCAUGUCCAGAAUGCCCCCGAUGUUUUUUGCACUACUUGAAAGGCAUGGUGGGCAGGGCAGCCACCGGACCUGUCAGCUUCAGGCUUCCAAACUUCAUUCAAAUUUUACAGGGUUCACACUUCAGCUU